AAAGACACUACAAAUUUUGUUUUUAAUUUUUUUUUUGGUAUUUUUUUUUGCAUUCUUCUUCGAAAUUCUAAAUUUUGAGUGAAAUUCAAGAUGACCCAGCGAUUGUCCUUGAAUCACAUCCUGAAAAACCAAUUGAGAGACACUCUGCACGAGCGUGACAACAACAGACAAAAUCGCAAACUGGCAACGGCCACCAAGCAGGAAAAGGCAGUGCUGAGGUUUGCAGCGUCUCGAUGCAAUCCGACUGCCCACUAUUUUGGAGAUGUGAGGAAGCUCUGCGAUCGCGUGGUGGCCAAUGUUCACUCGACAGUAAAGGCCACUCCACCACCUCGAAAGUCUGUGCCAUCCAUACCAGCACCCAUAGCACAGAUUCCCAGUGCUGGAGCUGGAUCAGUUGGCAAGCAGCGCAGUAAAUCCGCUCAAGGGCGUAUAAAGGGUGGCGGUUCCGGCUCCCGUAGUGGCGGUGCUGGCGGCGUAUUGCCCAUUUCAGCCAUCAAGGCCAGUCUCGACCAAAAAGCGCAACGCUUAUUGAAGCGAGGCCUGAACAAUUGUGGCAGCUGCAAGAACUUUGUGGACACACGACGGAUACGUGAGGUGUUGCAGCAGAAGUCUAUGCUGGAGAAUAUGCUGUUGCAGCACAAGAGAUUACAGCACGACAGGCAGACCAUUGCCUUGGACAUAAAACGCAUGCGCAUGGAUCUGGAUCGGAUACGCAACAAACUGGACACAUCCCUGCAGAGUCUCAAUUCCACCCGCACUUUGUUUAGUGCCACCAACAGCACCAUCUCAAGGAAGAGCAGCUCCAUUGCCAAACCCAAGCAACUUAAGCGGGCUCCGCGUCCCUCUACACAUAAGAUGUCCAACUCGGCGGCGACCCGUCGCCAUACAAUGGCGCCUAGUAAGUCGCAUGCGAGUCAUCCAGUGCUACGUUCUGGGGCAGUCACUCUGAAACGGCAGCUUGCCAUCGCUCCACCCAAAACCAGGCGCGGUCGCUGGUGAACCAUCUCGAUAUUUAAAUAAAGGCAUUUUCGAAAUACUUUUUCUAGCAUAAAAAUAAAAGUUGAAAGACUUAUUUGUUUACGUUUAAGAUAA